AUGGCCAUCACCGACGACCCCUCACAGCUCGAGCAUGCCGACCUCGAGGAGCUGCUGAAGAAUGACAACAGCGUCAAGGUCGCCGGCGUAGACAUCGAUGGCCAGCUUCGCGGCAAGCUCAUGUCCAAGAAGAAGUUCUUCUCCGUCGCCAAAUCUGGCUUUGGUUUUUGCUCGGUGAUCUUUGGCUGGGACAUGCAUGACCAGACGUAUUUCAAAGAGCUCAAGAUCAGCAAUGCAGAGAAUGGAUACAGAGACAUUACGGCAGAGAUUGACCUGACCAGCUUCAGAAGGAUACCGUGGGAGAACAACGUGCCUUUCUUUCUCGUCAGCUUUCGCGAGCCUGAAGGUGGGAGUCUCAGCGCCUGUCCGAGGAGUUUGCUUGAACGGGCUGUCGACAAGAUAAGUGCGAAGGGCAUUGGUGCAUUGGCUGGAGCUGAAUACGAAUUUUACACCUUCCGAGCACCUUCCCACACCCAUCAAUCGCCUGAAGAGAGGAACUCGAGCGCCACGGCUACCUUCCUCCAGAACAACCCAGUCACAAAUCUGCCCAGUCUGGAGGAGGGCAUGUUUGGAUACUCGCUCACCCGACCAGUGCACAAUCAGGAUUGGUACUACGACAUCUUCAAUGCGAGCAUCAAGUUCAGGUGUGAUGUAGAAGGUUGGCAUACCGAGAGCGGCCCUGGAGUGUAUGAGGCAGCUUUGGAGUAUGGAGAGAUCAAGUCGAUGGCAGACAAGGCUUCGCUUUUCAAAUUCACGGUCAAGAGCAUCAGCUCCAAGUACGGCAUCACGCCUUGCUUCAUGGCUAAGCCCAGGGAAAACUUGCCAGGAAACAGCGGUCACAUGCACAUCUCUCUCAAGGACAACAAGACCGGCGCAAACCUCUUCGUCAGGGAGAAAGAGGAUCCUAAUCCGCCUCACGAAGGCCUUGAGAAUGUGUCUGAUAUGGGACGGUGCUUCCUGGCUGGGGUUCUGGAAGGUCUGCCCGAUAUUAUGCCCAUCCUCGCUCCUACGGUCAACAGCUACAAACGCCUGGUGGAGAACUUCUGGGCACCAGUGACAGUAUCUUGGGGACUCGAGCACCGUGCUGCAUCGAUUCGCCUCAUCGCACCGCCUACAUGCCCACCGAAAGGUACCAGGCUGGAGAUUCGCGUUCCGGGCGCAGACACCAACGCUCACCUUGUGCUUGGAGCAAUCCUGGCGCUGGGCUAUCGAGGCAUCGAGAAGAAGCUGCAAGUUUCAAUCCCACCGCUCGGUAAGGGCCAAGACGUUGGUGGUGUAGAAGACAAGGGCGAGCGACUGGCAAAGAGCCUGAAGGAUGCCACUGCGAGGUUCUCGAGGAAGAACAGCGUUGCGAGAGAGGUCUUGGGCAACGACUUUGUGGAUCACUAUACUGGCACGCGAGAGCAUGAGAUCAGCUUGUGGGACGAGGCAGUUACUGAUUGGGAGGUGAGACGGUACAUUGAGACCGUUUAA